UAAAAUCCUUCAGCAGCAGAAUGAAGCUAGGAGUCUUCCUUCUCUUCGUGUCCCUCGUCACCCUCAGCCUAAAGGUGCAGGAGCUGCAGGCAGCAGUGAGACCUCUGCAGCUUUUAGGCACCUGUGCUGAGCUCUGCAGUGGCGACUGGGACUGUGGGCCAGGGGAACAAUGUGUCAGUACUGGAUGCAGUAACGUCUGUGCUACAAGCUAAGAACAGCUUCUACCUGGGGGGAAAAAUGGCUGUUGGAACUCUGUGACCAAGGAAACAGUUGAAAAUGGAGGCCAUGCAUGGAGAUUCCAAGGAGCACAUGGGGAGGGACAAGGGGGUGUUUCUUUUAAUAAAGCAUUAAUGUAAAAGUCUGCA